CUAUGUUUCCUUCUUCGUUGUGAUUGAAAGCAAAAAAUGUCGCGAUUAGCUUUAACUCGUUAUAGCCGUUGUUAUCUCUCGCGCCUUCUUAACCCAGUGACGUCUCCUUUGUUCUAUUCCUCUGCUGCGACGAAUCGAGAUGACGGAUCUCAGACCGGGCCGCCACCGAUCAGAGUCGGACUCACUGAGUCAGCGGGUCGAGCUGUUUUCGCAACUCGUAGAAUCAGUGCUGGUGAUCUCAUACACACGGCGAAGCCCGUCGUAGCUUGUCCUUCUCUUGUUUCGUUCGACUCUGUUUGUUAUCUUUGCCUUAAGAAACUCAUGGGUUCUGAGAAAGUUCAAGAUCGUGGAGUCUCGUAUUGUAGCCAAGAGUGCCAAGAGAACGCAAAGGGUUUUUAUGAUGUUGAAACAAGAGCAGAUUGGUCUAGCUUUGUUGAUUAUUGUAGGACGCACAACUUCAAGUACCCGCUUAUGGUCAAGAGGUUGUGUUGUAUGAUAAUAUCAGGUGAUCUGCCUGCUGACUGUCUUGACAUACUUCAACCAGCUGCUUUGUCUUCUGCGAUGAUUUCAAAGAUAGAAGACGGUUAUGGAUUGUUAUGGAAUGCCUUCAGGAAGGCAAAUUUCAAGGAUGAAGAUGUUGCUUUUUUAACAAAACAGUGGUAUACGGCUAUACUCGCCCGGAUUCGCAUCAAUGCAUUUCGUAUUGAUCUGGUUGGAGGCUCAUGUGGCGAAGACCUUCUUUCACUGGCUGCAGCUUCUGUUGAAUGUGAAGGUGCAGUUGGCCAUGCCGUUUAUAUGCUACCAUCCUUCUACAAUCAUGACUGUGAUCCCAACGCGCACAUAAUGUGGUUGCAGAAUGCAGAUGCAAGGUUGACCACUCUACGUGAUGUUGAAGAAGGUGAAGAGCUUCGGAUAUGUUAUAUAGAUGCAAGCAUGGGAUAUGAGGCGCGACAAACAAUACUCUCUCAAGGGUUUGGUUUCCUUUGCAACUGCUUACGCUGCAAGUCCGGUGACUGAUGAUUAACUCUUCCCCAUCUUCACUUCUAAUGUAUUUUAUGUAAUAUAAAUGAGAAGGCGAGAAAUAAAUUUUUUUUGAC